CCCCAAAUGUAUAAAAGAGAGAAGUAAUAAAGUACAAUGGUUCAGUGCAUUUGAAGCCACCACCGCCGUGGCGCAACGCGGUCCAAGAAUAGUUUGUGUUUAGUAAUUCUUUGAAGCAACCUCAUUGGUAUAUAAAGCGAGACAUUGGAACCUCAACAGUCAGUAAACUAGAAACAACAGAAUGAAGCUUUUAGUAGCAGUAACAAUCUUGGCUUUGGCCAAGUUUAGCCAACAGCAGACAGAUUUCUGCAGUUCUUCGCUAUGCCCAGCCGGAACAAAACAUAUUGCCUGCAAUGGAUUAACGGGACUCUCGCCAUCUUGUGGAGCUGGAGCGGUAGAAGUUACUAUGGAUUCAACCUUGAAAGCCUUAAUUUUAGAUUCACAUAAUAAGUUGCGUAGCAAAAUUGCAAUGGGCCACCAAAACUACACGUCAAAUAGUUUCUAUCCUCAAGCAAAACGUAUGGCGACAACUGUGUGGAGUGAUGAGUUAGCCAAAGUAACCGCAGCCAAUGCUCGACGCUGCGUUUUCGGUCACGACCAGUGUCGGAACACAGCCGACUUCAAGGCGGCUGGACAAAACAUUGCUUCAAAAUCGUACUACGGUAUGACCAUUUCAGUGACUGAUCUCAUUAAAGGAUUUGUUGAUUCUUGGUACUCGGAAUAUUCAUACGCAAACCCCAGCUACAUAGCCAGUUAUCCGAAGGAUUACACCGGUCCUGCAAUUGGACACUUCACGCAGAUUGUGGCCGAUCGUGCCACCCACUUGGGUUGCUCGAUGGUAACUUACAAUGAAUCUCCUUGGAUCAAGCAGUUAUUUGUCUGCAACUAUGCCAUAACCAACAUAAUCGGCCAACCAGUGUAUCAAAGCGGUAACUACUGCUCCAUGUGCACAACGGGUUGCAAUGCAAACUAUCCAGGUUUAUGCAAUACAGCUGAAAAUAUUAAUCCUAACCCGUGGUAGAUGGAUUGUGCAGUUUUGACGAGUUAUUAUAAGCAAUAAAUAAUUUAAAGCAUUAA